CUCGACAACUAUUAAAUACCUGAAAAUGCUGCACGGCAGCAAUUGUAAAACCAGAGUGUCCAACAGCAACGCGAAUUGCAGCUACAAAAACAGCAGCAACAGCAGCAACAUCAGCGAUAACACAGCCAUCAGUGGGAGUGGAAAAACAACAGUAACAUCCGCACCAAAAUUAACAAGGACUACUCUUGCAACAUCUACUAUAACAACAACAAGAACCACAGUAAUGGCAGCAGCAAAAGCAAUGCCAGCAGCAACCUUAAUUGCAACAGCAGCAACAUCUAAAACGUCAACAAAGGCAGUUAGCUGCGUGGCUAUAAUUACUAAAUUUUUAGAAGAACUAAACUACAAAUCAGCUAAAAACUAAGAAGCUUAAAAGAAGGUAAAAGCCUAAACAGGCCAAAAAUGAUGUAAAAAAAGCAAAGUAACUACAACCAUCACCGAAUCUUGACUUAGAAAAAAAGGUUUACCAGGAAAAACAGUGAUAAUUAAUUGCAAGAACAGCUGCAACAGCAACAAUCUCAGCCUAAGCAACAGCAGCAGCAGCAACAGUGGCAACAUUAGUGUCAAGAGCAACAUCAAAUCCGGCAGAAAAGGCUGCAAUUGCUAGAGGGGGGGGCAAUGCCAGCAACCAUAACAAAGUUAACAACAGCAGCAGCAGGAGCAGCAACACUAAAAGCAACAGCAGCAACAGUAGCAAGAGCAAUAACAAGUUGCACAAAUGCAACGGCAACAGGAACGACAACAGCAACAGCAACAGCAAUCAGAGAAGCAACAACUGACAGCGGCAACAUUUUUUUGGGUAUGGCAAAAAUUGCAGAAAAUUGAAAAAUUCAUAACGACCGAAGCUGUGAAUAUAAAAAAAGGAUGUAACCAUUUAAGCCAUGGGGACUGAAAAACCAAAGAACCAAAAACCAAAAAACCAAAACCCGAACCCCAACCCGAAAGCAACAGACAACACAGAAAGAGAGUGUUUGGAACCGCAGCGGCAACAA